AUCACCUGACGAUGACAUGCUAUUUUUUCAGGGCAAUUUGUACCUUAUGGUUCACUUUCUCUAGUGUACAACCAAGACCGAUUCGUUAACAGCUGUGUGACUGUUAAAUUAUAGUAGUUGACAGCGUUUAUUAAACACCCGACUGUCUGCUUAAUUUACCCAGAAUGCCUCGCUUGUUGGAGUGACUGUGUAGAAUAGCAUCAGCCAGCUAGCUAACUACAUUUGACAUUCAUGAAGUUGUCGCUACUAUGCAUGUUUACUGUAUGAAAUAAGAUAAAAGAGGGAAAGAAAAUAAAAGUGGAAGGCGAUAUCUGUUGUUGUCAUUACACCAGCAAUGCCUCUCUUCACGACCAACCCAUUUGACCAAGAUGUUGAAAAAGCAACCAGUGAGAUGAACACAGCUGAGGACUGGGGCCUCAUUCUGGACAUAUGUGAUAAGAUAGGGCAGUCACGCACUGGGCCUAAAGAAUGUCUCCGUUCUAUAAUGAGAAGAGUGAACCAUAAGGAUCCCCACGUGGCCAUGCAGGCACUGACUCUCCUUGGUGCUUGUGUCUCAAACUGUGGCAAGAUAUUCCACUUGGAGGUGUGCUCCAGAGAGUUUGCCAGUGAAGUCAGCAACGUCUUAAACAAGGGCCACCCCAAAGUGUGUGAGAAGCUGAAAGCCCUGAUGGUGGAGUGGGCAGAGGACUUCCGCAACGAUCCCCAACUCAGUCUGAUCUCAGCUAUGAUCAAGAAUCUACGCGAGCAGGGUGUAACUUUCCCAGCUGUCGGGUCCCAGGCUGCAGAGCAAGCAAAAGCAAGCCCUGCUUUAGUGGCAAAGGAUCCCUCCACCUCAACAAACAAAAAAGAAGAAGAAGACUUGGCCAAAGCUAUUGAGUUGUCAUUAAAGGAGCAACGUCAGCAGCCGCAGACCUCCCUGUCGAGCCUUUACCCAAACACUUCCAGCCUGCUCUCCUCAAACAAGUCCGACGGCAGGAAAGUCCGUGCCAUCUAUGACUUUGAGGCUGCUGAGGACAAUGAGCUCACUUUCAAGUCAGGAGAAAUCAUCACUAUCCUGGACGAUAGUGACCCCAACUGGUGGAAAGGGGAAACAUACCAGGGAGUGGGGUUGUUCCCCUCUAACUUUGUCACAGCUGACCUCACUGCAGAGCCUGAGAUGAUGAAGACAGAGAAGAAGAGCGUACAGUUCAGUGAGGACAUCCAGGUGGAGACCAUAGAGCCCGAACAAGAGCCUGUAUAUAUAGACGAAGACAAAAUGGACCAGCUACUGCAGAUGAUCCAGAGUGCAGAUCCCACAGACAACCAGUCAGACAGCGUCGAGUUACUACAGUUGGAAGGUGCCUGCAAUCAAAUGGGGCCCCUCAUUGACCAGAAGUUGGACGAUAUAGACAGGAAGCACUCCGAGCUGUCAGAUCUGAAUGUGAAGGUGAUGGAAGCUCUGUCUUUGUAUGCCAAGAUAAUGAAUGAAGAUCCAGUUUACGCCAUGUAUGCCAAGCUACAGAGCCAACAGUACUACAUGCAACAACCUGCCAAUGCAGCACAACAGGUCUACGCUGGUCAGCCUGCCUCAGGUUCGUAUACCAUGAGCGGUACUACGGUGCAGGGUUACACUGUUCCCAUGGAGCAGCUUCCAGCUGGAACCCCCAUACCUGGUCAGCCAGCUCCCAGUGACGUUCAUAUGUACAUGGGCCAGCCACCAGUCUACACUGCAGCUCCAGGCAGCAUGGCCCCAGCAGACUUACAGUCCUACCAGCUCCCAGCCCCUGGCCCGUCCCCAGGCAUGACGCAGAUGCCGAACUACAGCACCCCCUCUGGGCCGAGCAUAGCACCUUCCUCAGACCCCUCACAGGCCCCCUACUCAGAGAAAGCCUUGCUAUAGGCCCCCCCCCUGAGCUCACCGUUAUCGCCACGCAUACACGUGAACCAGACCUGAUCAAAUAGUGGUCUUAGAUCAUUUAUUUUAUUAUUUAUGAUUAGUUUUAUCAUAGAACACCAGCUGGAUGAAACAAUUCAAAUAGAGUAGACUAAAUAACUUGACUUUUGGCACACUUUGAGUUGUUUUAUCUGGCAGAUAAAUAUACAGUUACACUUCUCACUCCAGGUUUAGAAGUGAUCACGAGAGUUUGAUUUGAAGAGCUCCCACCAACACAUGGAUAGUAUGAAAAUGGACACACUGUGUUCUUUUAAUUGAUGAUGUUUCUGAAUUUUCACUCUUCUUCUCCAUGCCUUUACAUGACUCAGAUGUGAAGACAUGGAGGAGCUUUUAUUUGCACUUUUAUCUUCCGUUGCACUUAUUUAAGUUUUGGUCAUUUAAGCCUGAUCACUUCCAAAUCUAGAUGUGUAAGCAAUAUAUGCAUUGUCCAUUUUUUAUUUACGAGACCUGACUUAUUGCUCCCUUUUUAUAAUAGGACUUUUGAAAAAUUGUGGUAAUGUUUUAUUUUAUCGUUCCGAACUACAUAAUGUGGUACCAAUUAUAGAGGAAAUGAGACAAAGUUAUUUUAGUUAGGCUUUAGGUAAAUUAAAAAUCAGUUUAGGAAUUUCCUUUUAAUGAAUGAAUAUUUACUUUGCUUUAAAUAGAGCCAUUCAUUUGUCAUUUAUCAUUGGAAACUUUAUUCUUCAUACGGUGUAUAUUUUUGGAUUUUCAGCUGACCUACGGUGUACUGACUUCAGACUUUUUAGGUUGCCCUAGCAAUUAAUUUGAAUUAAUUAACUGGAAGAUAAUUGAACUGCUUAUCUGCAGUAUUUUA